GAGACAACGAGAUGCGGUAGAAAAGCUUAUUUUUAUUGUGGGGUUUGUUCGUUAAAAGGGAAAUCGAAAAACGGUUUUCUUCCGCUCUCGCUCGCUUUCUCUGUUGGCGUAUGGUUAUGGGGGAGAAGAGCAGCCAUGAAAACCUGCUGGAAACGGCCAAGGCAGACCGAGCAGUUUGGCUGAUGAAGUUUCCACCGGUAGUCUCUCGGUCUUGGCAAUCUCUCACGGACUCAACUCGUCCCCUCGCUAAGGUCGUACUCUCCGUCGAUCCUCUCCGUUCUAGCGACGACGACGACAACUCUUCUCCACAGUUUACAAUGGAAUUGAACGGCAAUGAAUCUGAAAAUGUACCUAAGCGUUACUCUUUGGAUAUGUCUACAGACUUCAUUCCAAUAUGUGUUUUUUCCCAGACAAGUCAAGGAAAGGUUUCAGUGGAGGGGAAAGUGCUAAAUAAAUUUGACAUGAAACCCCAUAACAAAGACAUUGGGAACUAUGGCAAACUUUGCCGUGAAAGGACAACCAAAUAUUCGACCAAAGCCAGACAAGUGCAGGUGAUUGAUGACAAUCGAGGAGUGCACAUGAGACCAAUGCCUCUUGGUUUACUGCCAUCUGGAGCCAAGGAUAAGAAGAAAACAGUGCCAGUGAAAGGAUCAGAGAUGAAAAGAACAAGGAGAGACCGUGGAGAAAUGGAAGAUAUUAUGUUCAAGCUCUUUGAGAGGCAACCAAAUUGGACUUUGAGGCAAUUGAUCCAGGAGACAGACCAGCCUGAACAAUUUGUGAAAGAUCUUCUAAAAGAGCUUUGUGUCUACAACAACAAGGGAACAAAUCAAGGAUCCUACGAGUUAAAGCCUGAAUAUAAGAGAUCAGGUGAGGAAGCAGGUCCUGGGUGAAUUGGGUAGAGUAAACGCUGCUGACUCAGAAAAACACCAUGAGAAUAUGACCACUCUGUUUUGUUUCCUCAAAAGAUUCAAUCUCUGCCGA